AUGAUGCCCUUUGUUUUGGUUCUCUUAUUUUCAUUCGUAAUGGGCAGUUCUAAGGGUCAGCUUCAAGUGGGUUUCUACUCCAACACAUGUCCUCAAGUGGAGUCCAUUGUCCAUGCAGUUGUUAGAGAUGCUGUUCUCUCUGACCACAAUAUGGCUGCUGUCUUGCUCAGGCUUCAUUUUCAUGACUGCUUUGUUGAGGGGUGUGAUGGUUCAAUUCUGAUCGAUAAUGGUCCACAAUCAGAGAAACAUGCAUUUGGACAUCAAGGGGUGAGAGGGUUUGAUGUGAUAGAAAGAGCCAAGGCAAAAUUGGAAGCUUCUUGCCCUGGUGUGGUUUCUUGUGCAGACAUAGUGGCAUUAGCAGCCAGAGACUCUGUAGUCAUGGCAAAUGGUCCAGGAUACCAAGUUCCAACAGGAAGGAGAGAUGGGUUGGUCUCAAAUGUUUCGUUUGCAGGUGAUAUGCCUGAUGUUAGUAAUUCAAUUCAGCUACUCAAGGUCAAGUUUCUGAACAAGGGCCUCACAGUGAAAGACCUAGUCCUUCUCAGUGCUGCACACACAAUUGGAACCACAGCAUGCUUCUUUAUGACGAAAAGAUUGUACAACUUUUUCCCAGCUGGUGGGGGAUCAGACCCUGCUAUUAGCCCAAAUUUCUUACCACAGCUGAAGGCUAAGUGCCCUCAGAAUGGAGAUGUUAACACUCGCUUAGCCAUUGAUGAAGGGAGUGAAAAGAAAUUUGACAUAAGCAUCUUGAAGAACAUAAGGGAAGGUUUUGCUGUGCUAGAAUCUGAUGCAAGGCUCAAUGAUGACAUAGUCACCAAGAGUAUUAUUGACUCCUAUUUUAGUCCCUUUGGUCCAUUUUUUGGACCUUCUUUUGAAGCUGAUUUUGUUGAGUCAGUUGUGAAGAUGGGCCAACUUGGAGUCAAGACGGGUUUCCUUGGGAAUAUUAGGCGUGUGUGCUCUGCAUUCAAUUAA